AUGUCUUCCUACUGGGCCAGAAAAGCCCAAUCUUACAAUUCUUCCGGGACACAAGCCCGUAGUUUCGGCAACAAUUGGAAACAAACGUCCUCAACACCGACAACACCACCUCCGCCGCUCGGACCACUCCUCAAGUCUCUCCGUGUUAAUGAUCUCGACGAUGAUCCCGACAACCAACACUCGGCCACCAUUCAGGGCUGUGAGGUUGUAGCAUCCUACAACUGGCUGGACACCAAUCUCUCGAAUCCAACCAUCUUGAUUCCUGGCAAACCCCCCCUCUGGUCCCCACCCCCCGGCCAACCCCCUCAACUCCGCGAAGACAGCGGCACAUACCACCGCGACCGCAACGCCGCCCGCUACCCUUCGCACCCCCUCGAGCCCGCUUUGGUCUCCUAUCUCCGUUCUAACACCAAUACCACCAAACCCUCUAUCUCUACCUCCGCCUCUCCCAUCCCCUCCCCAGACAAGAUAGACAUAGUAGCAUGCAGCAGCACCCUCGGCAACCUUCUCCGUUUCGUGCGCGGCCAAGACAAGACCUUCCGGAUCUUGGUCGAAAAAGUCGAGAAUACAGUGUUUUUUGUCAGAAGAGAAAAUUCUCCGACGGAAACGAUUCCCGAUAGCCAUCAGAGGGUCGUGAGGUAUCGGUUUGGGGGGAUGGGGAUGUUGGUGAGGUUUGAGGCUGAUGGGUACGUGAGGGAUGGGAGCGGAAAGGGAGGUGAGGAUGGUGAGGCCGGAAAGGUGAAGAAGGAUGGUGGGGAUGAGGAUGUCGACGCUUUGCUCUCUGGGUUGAAGCUCUCUUCGGACUCCACUACUACCAGCUCGUCCGGUAACACUGGUACCAAAACCUCCUCCUCAUCCCCAGCCCUCACCAUCAAAGAAAGGCCCAACUCCCUCGUCCCCCAAUCCCAAAUCUUCGACCUCAAAACCCGGUCCAUCCGUGCUCGCGGCGUCAAAGACACUUUGUCAGAAGAACUUCCUCGGCUUUGGAUCUCCCAGAUCCCACGCUUCAUCCUAGCCUACCACACCCGCGGCCUGUUCCGGAAGGAAGACACAGAGAUCAAGGACGUCCGAGAAGACGUCAAGCGGUGGGAGAAGGAGCAGAAGGACGCGUUGGGGAAGUUAGUUGGGCUUCUGAAGCGGAUCCGGGAGGUUAUCGAAGAUAUUGAAGGGGGUAAGAUGGAGCUGGUGCAUCGUGAAGAUGCAGUUGGUGUUCUGGAGGUUAGGGAGCAAGGGUGGCCCGAAGAGACGCCGUUGGACGAAGGGAUUGAUGGGGAUUUGAGCGUCAAGAAGGAGAAGGGGAAGACGAUUGACAAGAUCAGAGGUGACAAAGUGAUGUCGGACGCCUUCCGCACACAAUGGAUAGUUGCUCAGAUGGGCACUGCUGAAGAUAAGCAAUCCGACACCCGGGAGAAGAAGAAUCCAGAGAAUGAGGAAGGUGAGGAUAUCUCCGAUCACAACGAAGAUGAAAAGCGCAAUAAAGACACGGCGAGGAUGAGGACAUCGAAAAGCUUGGCUGGACGUCAAACACGAGGCGGCGCCUUUGCCACGAACUCUAUCCCGAGGGGCAUACUACGUACAGGUACUGUGACUUACGACGAUGACCUGCGUUGGCAGUCGGACUCGGACGGGGCAGGGGACGACUUCACGGCGUGUUCGAAAGAUUGCGCUUGGUGUGGUCGUUGUCCCUAUUAG